AUCCAGCCCAAGUCUCUGGGCUAUAAAUUCUCAAGGCUGCUAUUCUUAGAUGGACUCUUUCCACCUUGAUUCAGAAUAGAUUGCUUUCCAUGGACUUCACCAUCACUACUAUGCUCUUCUUGAUCCUCUUCAGCUGCCUUGCCCAUGCAGAAGACAAGAACUAUAAUUCUAUCCUCACAGUGCCAAAUGGAGGACCAUGGGGCACUUGGGGGACGAUCCAAUUUUGUCCACGGGGAUAUGCUCAUGGCUUCUCACUGAAGGUAAGGUUUGCUGUUAGGCUGUUGUCACAAUCAGAUCUCUCUCUCCUCCUUCGUUUUUGUCUGAACACUCCCCAGAACACAGUUUUUGAACUCAACAUGAAAUGUGGGGAAGCAAUAGGACAGGGAUGGACUCCUAACUAAGGAGAUGCUAGGCCAAAUGGCCAGAAUUGCUAUCAAAUGCUCCCUAACCUCCAUUAUCCACAAAGGAAUGUGUUAAGGAGAUAAGGAUAAAUGGUCAUAAAUAAGCGGCAGGGAGGAAAGGAGUCUGCCAGCUGCAAGAAGAGAAGUUUUUGGAUUAACUAUCUGCAGUCUGGAUUCAGACUGUUCUUCCGAGGCUGGAAAAACAGCAAAGACAGCUUGUUUACUGGAAGCUGAAUCAUGGGACAAAGCGAUGCAGUGAGUUUUGGAAACUGUAAGAGAACAGCUUCUCCCAACCAACCAGCUUCUCCUGCAACCAACAGUUGCAGGAAUAAAGGAUACAACACCAUAUAGUGUUGUAUCAUUGUAUAUAACACCAUAUUGUAUACAACACCAUAUAGUGAGAAGUGAGGUUACAGGGAACCAGGCAGAGGGCCUUCUUGGUAGUGGUGCCUGCCCUGUGGAACAGCCUCCCAUCAGAUGUCAAGGCAAUAAGCAACUACCUUACUUUUAAAAGACAUCUGAAGGAAGCCCUGUUUAGGCAAGUUUUUAAUGUUUAAUGCUGUAUUAUGUUUUAAUAUUCAGUUGGGAGCCGCCCAGAGUGACUGGGAAACCCAGCCGGGGGGCGGGCAGUGCCGGAUUUACGUAUAAGCUAAACAAGCUAUGGCUUAGGGCCCCCACUCUCUUGGGGGCCCCUCAAAAAAUUAAAUGGAAAAAAACCUGGAUGUACAUUUCCAAAAUUUAAGUUUAACAAUUACUUUGAUAAAAUACAUAUUUUGUUAUGUGCAAAUGGCUUUAGCUAUGUUUAAGUUCCUUAAAUGACCAUAUAGCAGAUAUUCAACACAAAAAACAGCGGCAAUUUGUUGUUGACAAAGGACAGCAGGACAUAUAAAGGGCCCCAUUACCUUCAAUAGCUUACGGCGUCAUCAAACCUAAAUCCGGCCCUGUGGGCGGGGUAUAAAUUAUUAUUGCAUUAUUAUACGGAUGGGAAAGCAUCAUGGAAAAAAUUAUCACAGGCAGGAAAGAAUAAGGAUUACAGCUAAAGUUCCUCACUUGAAACUUUAUAAAUUACCUAUUAUAUCAACACUAAUUGAAAUCACAAGAUUGUAGCUGUUAUAUAAGGGGUUAUUUUAACUCAAUGGAAUGGAAUGGAAAUUAUUCAAAUUUUGGAACACAGAAAAAAUGUAAUGCAGUAUUGCCAAGUCAUAGUUUGGUCUGCUAUUUGGAUUCAAAAUGGCACAUGGUACCCGAAAUUCCACAAAGACCCUCACCUCAGGAACCAUUAGGGCCAGGUUUGGUGACACUAUCUCAAGAGGCGGCCAUACUAAUAGAGAGCAUACAAAUGGAAAAACCAUUUCCCAAAAUAUAUACUAGAUUGAUGUCAGUAGUUCAGCAGUUCAAAUUUAUCACACUCUGUGCAUCUCUUUUCCCUCUAGGUAGAGUCAGUUCAAGGCCGUGGUGAUGACACAGCCCUCAAUGGAAUCCGCCUGCACUGCACGGAUGGUUCAGUUAUUGAGUCUUCAGUUGGACCGUGAGUGGCUUUCUUGCUUUCUUCUCCGCUUUGGUUCAAUUCUUUGGAAGAUACUGGUUGAAGGGGCUGAACUGAAAUUUGUUAGGCUGGGUUAGAUCAGCACCCAAUAGGAGGGCAAGUCAACAUGGCUACCCAGUUCUCUUUUGGGGGGUGGUUGAGCAGUGGCAACCAACGUCAAGUGUCUACCACCUCUCUUCCUAAGAUAGUAUCGCUUACCCACUAUUCCAUACCUCUCCAAGAUCCUGUUGAUAGGAGAUCCCUGAAUUUGACCAACUGCUCCCUCUGGCCCAGUCCCUAGUUGCUGGUUUCUCAUUCUUCUUGAGAAAGAAGUGGAGGGCCAAAGUCCCAUGCCACACAUUGCAUCUUCUGAUGUCCUAUUAACAUCCUCUCAGGGUUCUGUUGCCUCAGAAGAGCUACCUGGCUCAAAACAAGUUGAGCCCCAAUAAACUGAUACUUCUCCCCAUUUCAGGUUUCCCACCUCUUUUCCAGUAAACAGAUAAUUAUUCUGGGUCAUCUCAGACCCAGAAGAUCUUAGGUUGUGUCAAACAAUAUUUAUUGCAGACUGUGAAAUUUAACAGUUUCAUAGACUCACACACCAAUAAUACCUGACUCUGUGAUCAUGGGUUUCUCUGCCUUCACCAGGAGUGGAAGGUAGAAGGGAAGGAAGGAGCAGCAGCAGGUGCUUUUUGAAUACAAUGCAAAGCCUUUGAGACACUAUGAGCAUCCUUCUGUAAUGCUAGUAAUGGCCUGAUCCCUUUUGGAGCAAGCAGAUUCCUGUCCCAUUUCUAAUUAACGGUCAGUGUCUUCUUUGGCAGGUGGGGAUCCUGGACAGGGAUUCAGUAUUGCCCCCGUGGCAAUCUAGUCUCUUUCUCUCUGAGGGUGGAAAAACCUCAGGGCAAAGGUGACGAUACUGCAGCCAACAACAUCCAGUUCACCUGCCAAGAUGGUACUGGGCUGAUGGGCCAUGGACUUUCCUGGGGUAAUUUUGGUCCAUGGAGCAGUCGCUGCUACUCCGGAUUCAUUGAUGGCAUUCAGACAAGGAUGGAGUCUCCCCAAGGCAAGGGCGAUGACACAGCACUCAAUGAUGUGAAGUUCUUUUGCAGUGGCUGAACCCCAAGUACCUCCCUGUAUCUCUGCUGCUUUUCAGCAGUCAUGAAUGUUAACCACAAUUAAAUAUUGGCAUGAAA